CGACGGCAAUUCCGGAUACUAAGAAUACCAAGGCGUUCCAAGAAAGCUAAAUAUUGUUCUCAGAGAUGAUUCUGUGGUGAUUCAAGGAUACAGCUGGCUCUCCGUGGGCGGAUCGAUGAAAGAGUUGCGAACACUGAAGAUUUUGCCAACUUGAACGUUUACUCCUUGACUACACUGCAUCCCAUCAUUGGCGAAGAACCUCCAGUAUCCGGAUAUUCCAUAUCUUUCCAUGGCCUCUAACAGCCCUACCGCGACCGACAAAGACGAGCUUCUUCUUUCAUGCCGAUAUGGUGAUAUUGAAGAUGUCCAGCUGUUCGCAGACAAGUACGGCGUCGAAACGCUCUCGGGAAUCAGAGAUGAUAAUGGCAAUACGGUUCUACACAUGAUAUGUGGGAAUGGGCAUGCGGAUCUCCUGGAUUACCUCCUUCCGAUCAUACCUCCGUCGCUGCUCUCCGAAAAAAACGCGGCGCAGUCGACGCCACUACAUUGGGUCGCUCUCAAUUCUCAUCUUGCGUGCGCACAGAAGCUUGUUCAAUUUCCAGGUGGUCCAGGCGUUGAUCUCAUUGACAUAAAAAAUGCGGCUGGACAUUCGCCCUUGGCGGAGGCGGAAUUUGCUGGAUGGGACGAAGGGGCCAAGUGGUUCGUUGAGGUCAUGAAUCUCGAGGCCGAAGACGGUCCAAAUGAUGAAGAGUCUGAUGAAGGAGUGAGGAACGAGGCAGAGCCGGCCCUUGACAAGAUUGAUGUCACUAUUGAAGAUGCUGAUGGACAAUUAGCAACAAUGACUAUUGAUGCAGGGGCUCGAAAUCGUCCAUCAUGAUAUUACUCCUCGUCAUAUCGCAUAGGUGGCGCCUCAUCUUCACUUUUAGCACAAAUAUCUUCUAACAUGCACGCU